AUGACAAUAAUAAUUUGUUUCACUUUCACCUCCCUAGGGGUAGAAGUGCGUGGGUGGGUGGGGUGUUCUUUGUUCAGCUCCUAAACUCACUUUCAUCACUCUCUACUUUAACAAUCUCCAAAACCAAGAAACAAUGGCUACCAAAAUUCCCAUUUCCCAUUUUACCCCCAUCACCUUUCUCUAUUUCCUCCUCUUGUCCACUUCCCACAUCCCCAUUCUCGCCAUUAACAUUACCCAUAUCCUCUCCACUUACCCCGAACUCUCCGGUUUUAAUCAACUCCUUUCCACCACCGCCGUCGCCGCCGAUCUGAAUGAGCGUUCCUCCGUCACCCUCCUCUCCGUCCCCAACACCUUCCUCAACAACUCCGAUGUAUUAAACAACCCUACGCCGCCGUCAUCCUCGACCAAUACCGGCGAUAUCCUCCGUUACCAUGUACUGCUUGAGUACUUCUCUUGGCCGGAUCUCCGCCGUAUACCACCAACCGGAAAGCUCGUCACCACUCUUUUUCAGACAACGGGUCGUGCUCCGAAUAAUUACGGAUCAGUUAACAUUACCCGAGACCCGAUUACACAGUCCAUCACUGUCCAUUCAUCGAAUUCCGAAGCUACUAUUAUCAGUUCAGUGAAGACGAUUCCGUAUAACCUCUCAAUCUUCACCAUUGAUUCAGUUCUAGUUCCAAAUGGGGGCAAUCUAAUUGCAUCUGAAACUCGACCCCUUUUAGGCCUCAACAUUACCAAAACACUCAUCGAUGGCCACAACUUUAACGUCGCCGCUUCAAUGCUAACUGCUUCAGGAGUAGAAGAAGAAUUCGAGGAAGACGAAAGGGGCGCCGGAAUAACGCUAUUUAUACCGACAGACGAAGCAUUUUCCGAUCUGUCAUCAUCGUCCAUAUUCCAAUCUCUACCGGCUGAGAAAAAAGCCGACGUGCUAAGAUUCCACGUACUGCACUCUUACUACCCGCUCGGUUCACUGCAAUCGAUAGUGAACCCGGUUCAACCAACAUUAGCCACGGAGCAAAAUGGAGCUGCAAGUUUCACCCUUAAUAUUUCUAGACUCAAUGGGGAUGUAUCGAUCGAUACCGGGAUCGUUCAGGCGAGGAUUACUCGAACGGUGUUUGAUCAGAAUCCGGUGGCGAUAUUUGGGGUGUCGUCGGUUUUAUUGCCUAAAGAAUUUUUCGACAAGACUUCAGCUGGUGUAAAUAAACCAAGUGUUGAAGUACCUCCAUUAGCUAAUCCACCGAUGAUUUCUAUCUCACCGGUGAAUUCGCCGGAAAUUGAUGGUUCAGCUACAGCUAAUCACUUAUCUACAGCGCCGGGAGUCGUAGAAAAAGAUUCAUCGUCGGCGGCGAACGGGAAAAAUGCAGUAAGAUUAUUUUUGGGUUUAUGGUGCACAGUAGUAAUUUAUCUACUGGCAAUUAAUUAAUUUAAUCAGUAUAAUUAUUUUCUUUUCUGCCAACUUAAAUUUUGUUUCUGUGGAAAUGAUUUUAGGUCAACCGGUAUAAUUUAUUUUUUUUCUUGCAAAAAUCUUCGUUAUGGUAUUGUAUAAUCUGUAAAGGAGCUCCAUUUUGUUUAUUGCAAUUGCUGUAUGAGUAAUAGGUAAGUAACAUUUAUGCUAUGUGUGAAAAUACAAAUUUUUGCUUGCUUA